AUUGUUUUGCUGUAUAACCCACAUGUUAAAGUGCGCGGCUUGGCUAUUUAACACGCGCGGGCGCGGUACGUAGAGCGAGGACUUCAACACACUAAACGUUGGCCUGCUGCUCUCUCCUCUCGGUCAUGGCAUCGAAACGAGCCAACGCCGGCGACGAGCAGCAGAAGCUGUCACCUUCUGGCCUCCCGGUCCACAAGAUCCCGGGAAGCUACGGCGUGCCCUUCUUCACGCCGUUGCGCGACCGCCUGGACUACUUCUACUUCCAGGGCGCGGAGGAGUACUUCCGCUUUCGCGUCGCCAAACACGGCGGCGCCACCGUCCUGCGCGUCAACAUGCCGCCAGGCCCGUUCCUCUCCGGUGACUCCCGCGUCGUCGCCGUUCUCGACGCGCGCAGCUUCCGCGUCCUACUCGACGACUCCCGUGUCGACAAGGACGGCACGCUCGACGGCACCUACAUGCCCUCGCUCGCGCUCUUCGGUGGGCACCGGCCGCUCGCGUUCCUCGACGGCGCCGACCCGCGCCACGCUGCGCUCAAGCGCGUCAUGAUCCGCCUCGCGGCCGCGGGGAUGCAGCACGUCGCGCCGGCGUUUGGCGCCGCCUUCACCGCCACGUUCGACGCCGUCGAAGCCGGCAUGGCGGGCGGAGCCUCCGCCGUGGAGUUCAACAAGCACAACAUGCGCCACAUGCUGGACUUCACCUGCGCCUCGCUGUUCGGCGGGAAGCUGCCGAGCAAGGCCAUCGGCGACGGCGCCGCGGCGAAGGCGUUCAAGUGGCUCGUGUUCCAGCUCCACCCGCUCGCGAGCAAGGCCAUCAGGCCCUGGCCACUGGAGGAUCUGCUCCUCCACACGUUCCGCCUCCCGCCGUUCCUGGUGCGCCGCGACUACGCCGAGUUGACGGCCUACUUCGCCGACGUCGCGGCGGGCGUCCUCGACGACGCCGAGAAGGCCGAGCCGGGCGCCGUCCCCCGCGACGAGCUCCUCCACAACCUCAUCUUCCUCGCCAUCUUCAACGCCUACGGCGGCUACAAGAUCUUCCUGCCGCACGUCGUGAAGUGGCUUGCGCGCAGCGGGCCGGAGCUGCACGCCAGGCUCGCCGACGAGGUGCGCGCCGUCGUCCCACCGGGCAGUGCCAGUGCCGGCGACGCGAUCACCCUGUCCGACGUGGAGAAGAUGCCGCUGGUGAAGUCGUUCGUGUGGGAGACGCUGCGCAUGAACCCGCCGGUGGAGUUCCAGUACGGCCGCGCGCGGCAGGACAUGGUGGUCGAGAGCCACGACGCGGCGUACGAGGUGAAGAAGGGCGAGAUGCUGUUCGGGUACCAGCCACUGGCGACGCGCGACGAGCGCGUGUUCCGGCGCGGCCGGGAGUUCGUCCCCGACCGGUUCGCCGUCUGCUCCGACGACGAGCGGCGGAGGCUGCUGGACCACGUGGUGUGGUCGAACGGGCCGGAGACCGGCGCGGCCGCGGAGCGGAACAAGCAGUGCCCGGGGAAAAACGCGGUGGUGGCGGUGGGGCGGCUGAUGGUGGCGGAGCUGUUCCGUCGGUACGACACGUUCGUCGCUAGCGUCCAUGAGACCCCGGUGGAACCGGUGGUCACGUUCACUUCGCUCACGAGGGCUUCCUCCGCCGCGGGCCAUGGCAGCAGCGUCAAGCCCUGAUCAUGUACAGUGCUGUACGUACCUUGUCUUCUGCGAGAUACGUACAGCACGUAGUACAGGAACCAUCAUUUGCUUGCAUUGCCUUCAAGAAUGCCGACUUUGCUUUGUUAUGGUUUCCAGUGGCAUUAGAUCAAUGGUGGACCACGAUCAAGAUGUUGUUAAGCAAACUUUGCCUUGGGUGGGCUUGGCUAUCAUCACUCAUCAGCUUCAUUCGCUUUUGAUUUGUACUGUGUGGGAUAUGAGUGGUUUGCUGUAGUAAAUCUUACUAGGUGCUGGCAGCUUGUCCCCACUCCUCAAUAAGAGCCCUUCUAAAUUAUCUAUUGUAAGGUCGUUACAAAUUGAAAACAUUUGCUACUGUGUGUAACUGGGUUGUAAGGUUACAAAUUCAAAACAUUUACUGCAGUAAGGGCAGAUGGAGGAAAACAGUAGACUUCGCUCCAUUUGAUUUCCAUUCUUCAA